GCGAGACAAUGUGAGCCUCUGUUCCCCAGCUAGCCCUCUCUUCCCAUUCUGCUCCAGAAUAACAAUAAUGUUUUCUCAGACAAGCCUUUUUGUGUCAUGGAUGGCUCCGGACUGUGACAUCGAGCUGCAAUAACAAGGAGUGACAUUGUUUCUGCUGGGGCAGGUGGAGGCAGAAUAAAGAAAGGGAGUGUGGUUUGAGAGGACUCAAAGCCAUCUAGGUCCAGGUCUAUGGAAAUGCAGGAUCUAGCCAGUCCGCACAGCCGAGUAAGUGGAAGCAGUGAAUCUCCUAAUGGUCCCAACCUUGACAACUCACACAUCGGUAACAAUUCCAUGACACCCAAUGGCACUGAAGGUGAUAACAUCACAAUGCUUACCACUGCAGACUGGUUGUUAGGUUCAAACUCACAGUCCGCUGCAGUUAAAACAGAACCAAUGAGCAGCACCGAAAUCGCCACCUCAGUAGCAGACACCUCUCUAGAUAGCUUCUCAGGAUCAGCUAUUGGAACCAGUGGCUUCAGCCCAAGACAAACGCACCAGUUCUCUCCACAGAUUUACCCUUCCAACAGAACAUAUCCGCAUAUUCUUCCUACCCCUUCAUCCCAAAAUAUGGCUGCGUAUGGACAGGCGCAGUACACCACAGGAAUGCAGCAGGCCGCAGCUUAUGCUAGCUACCCCCAGCCUGGCCAGCCCUAUGGCAUACCAGCUUAUGGUCCAUUGUGGGCAGGCAUAAAGACGGAGGGGGGUCUGAGUCAGUCCCAAUCCCCGGGACAGACAGGCUUCCUAAGCUACAGCUCUGGCUUCACAACACCACAGACAGGACAGGCCCCCUACAGCUACCAGAUGCAGGGUGGGACUUUCACAACAACGUCAGGAUUGUACACAGGAAAUAACUCCCUGACAAACUCAACUGGCUUCAACAGCACGCAACAGGACUACCCAAGUUAUCCAGCCUUCGGCCAGGGCCAGUAUGCUCAGUAUUAUAACAGCUCACCCUACACUUCACCCUACAUGACAAGUAACAACACCAGCCCCAGCACGCCCUCAACCACCACUACCUACACCCUCCAGGAACCACCCGCUGGCAUCACCAGCCAAGCCCUCACAGACAACCCUGCAGGAGAGUACAGUACCAUCCACAGUCCAUCAACCCCCAUUAAAGAUUCAGAUUCAGAUCGAUUGCGCCGAGCCUCGGAUGGAAAGUCACGUGGCCGUGGAAGAAGGAACAACAACCCAUCACCGCCGCCUGACUCUGACCUUGAGCGAGUUUUCAUCUGGGACCUAGAUGAAACAAUCAUCAUUUUCCAUUCCUUGCUUACGGGUUCUUAUGCCAACAGAUAUGGACGGGACCCGCCAACAUCUGUAUCGUUAGGCCUUAGGAUGGAAGAAAUGAUCUUCAACUUGGCCGACACGCACUUAUUCUUUAACGACUUAGAGGAAUGUGACCAGGUGCACAUCGACGAUGUGUCCUCUGACGACAACGGCCAGGAUCUAAGCACGUACAACUUCAGCGCUGAUGGUUUCCAUGCAGCAGCUACCAGUGCCAACCUAUGUCUGGCCACAGGCGUACGGGGAGGCGUGGACUGGAUGAGAAAGCUGGCCUUCCGCUACAGACGAGUAAAAGAAAUUUACACCACCUACAAAAAUAACGUUGGAGGUCUGCUGGGCCCGGCCAAAAGGGAAGCCUGGUUGCAAUUGCGAGCAGAAAUUGAAGCCUUGACGGACUCCUGGUUAACACUGGCACUGAAAGCACUAACAUUAAUCCACUCAAGGUCAAACUGUGUGAAUAUCUUGGUGACCACCACGCAGCUCAUCCCUGCCCUGGCUAAGGUCCUGCUCUACGGAUUGGGAAUUGUCUUUCCUAUCGAGAAUAUUUAUAGUGCAACCAAAAUAGGGAAGGAGAGCUGCUUUGAGAGAGUAAUUCAACGGUUCGGGAGGAAAGUUGUUUACAUUGUUGUUGGAGAUGGGGUAGAAGAGGAGCAAGGCUCAAAAAAGCACAACAUGCCCUUCUGGAGGAUCUCCAGCCAUUCAGACCUCAUGGCCCUCCACCAUGCUCUAGACCUGGAGUACUUGUAGCACCACACCACCAACGUGUACCCCCUGCUCCGCUUCGGCACACCACACAACCUUUCACCUUCGCCCUCCAGCCCCAUCCCUCGCUUGCCACGGACCCCACAGCUCAGAAAAAAAAGACAAAAAACAACAAAAAAAAACAGCCGUGCUGCUGUGCUGCCUGGCGUUUGUCUGUCACUACAUAGGAAGAAAAGAAGAGGACAACGGAAAAAAGAAGAC